GAGGUAUGGAGGUGAGAUCAGCUAAGACUCAGACUAAAGGCGGAGUAAACAGUUCUACUUCAGUCCAGCUAGUGGCUCCUUCAUACCUGUAGCCAGCUUCACCUCAGCAGCCCCUAUACCAGGUCAGUUGAUUCCAAUGGCUGUACCUCUCGGUGGCCCUCGUAUGGAGGGUGGUCUGACAGCUUUGGCACCGACUGCUGACCCUGUAACCUCUGGCCCUGUGACCUCUACUCCAAUGUCCCGUCCUCAGGUCACAGCAUCCCAUAAUGUUGCCUUGGUGUCCGUGCCUUCGGGAGAGGAGGAGGAACAGAUCAGCCCUCAACCCGAACUGGCGAAACAGAUACUGCCACCAGUGGACAUUGAUACCGAUCUGUCUGAGGAGUCAGUGGUAAGGAGUAGGACCGGACAUGUCCACCUCAAAUCACCUGCUAAAACCCACUAUGAGGUGACUUUCCAUGAGGACCAACAGGACGGGGACACACUCAGGGACUGGAGAAACCAGGCAACCUUGGAUGACCUCUCUGAAGACCUGUCCCCAGAGACGGCGCCUGGCCUCACCCUGCCAGGAUACUGUGCCCCGUCCCCGCCGCCAACACCAGUGGAGAUACCUGCCUUCCCACCAAUGGUAUCUGGGGCAGACAAACUAGCCCAGGCCUCAGACCUCAUAGCUGCUGACAUCAGGCGUAGGGACCUUUUGGAGAACAAAGCGUCAGAAUGGAUAGAACAUGAGAUAAUGGCCCACAUCAUAUCAGAGUUAUACCCUCUGAAACCAGAGAAGCCCCGGGAGAUGGAACAUGUGGUGUACGAGGAAUCAGAGGAUAGUGUGGCUGACGACCGGGAACAGUCCAUGUUCAUGAUGGAUGCUAUUGGUCGUGACGGCCUUCAGAUGUUUGUGGAUAUGGGUCAACCUGUGGAUAGCCGCUUGGUAGAUGCUCUUGUCAAAGAGGUCCUGCUGGAGAAAGUCACUACUCUACUUGGUCAGCGGCCAGAUGAUGAGACGAGUGUACAGAAACAGGCAACAGAGGGGAGAACUGAGGUCAAACUGGGGGCCUCAAUGAGAGGGCAGGAUACAGGGAGAGUAGCAACAGGAAUCACCCCUGAGGAUGAGUAUGUAGGGAUGCUGCCGACCCCAGAACCCACACCCAAGGCGAGUCCUAUCUCCUCUCCAGUACGAGUCCUGUCACCACCAGUCACCCCUCCCAACUCCCCACCGGUAGCGGUUCCAUCAAAGUUUGUCCAGGAGACACGUGUUGCACCACAGGAGUCAGAGCCAGAGGAGAUCUCGGAGUCCUUGGAUAUCAGUGAAGAAAUCCGGGCACUGAGAGACAAGCUAGUACCUAUUGGAGGGGAGCCCAGACAGGCUAUACAUGAUGUGGAAACGCCCAUUUCUACACCAAUUCCGGAGCUGCCCCAGGAGGAGAAGGAGGAAGAACGACCUCUGUCCCCACCUCAACCUUCCCCACGCAGACCCCCAGUACAGCCCGUUCUACAGGUACCUGUGGCCGUAUCAGAACCCCCAGUCCCUGAUCCUGUCCCUCCCCCUGUACAGGAGGAGAAGGUGGACAUUGUAGCGAGCCCCCAGCCCUGGGGUGAUCCGGAGUCUCCCCUUCCCGAGGAAAACCCAGAUUUCCGAGAUGACUAUAUGGAUGAUGGAGCCACCCAGCAUAAACCUUAUGCCCUGUCUGUGGCCCCUAUGGAUGAAAGCCAGCCCUAUCCUGUAAACCAGGUUCCGACACCACCACCACCAAAGUCGCCAGUUCGGAGACACUCGCCCAGUCCCAGUCCUUCCGAAACGGACACAACAUCCAUCAUGUCAUCUGUGUCGGAUACCUACAACAUGAGUGUGUCCGAGGGGCAGUGGCUACUGUCCAAGUCUGAGGGAGAGAUGGCCGACUUUAACCUGGAUGAAGCUGCUAUGAAGAGGAUGGCCAUGCAGGCUAGACAGACUGGAGACAGUAUGGCCAGUACAUACCGGGACACAGAUGAACUAGAGGAAGACAUGACGGACCUCCAGGCCAGUGAGGGAGAGUUUCAGUACAAAGGUCAGGUUGAACCAGAGAAGGAUCCAAUGUUGCUCCUGUUGUCACGGCUACAGCGACAUCCCCACGAACAGACACCAGCCAGUGUCCCAGCUGCUGGUCAGUAUGACAUGAGCUCCCAACAGGUGUAUGACCUCCUCAACCACACAGGGCUAAGUACUGGUGAGGUAUACAUGAAUGGAGCAUCAGUUCAGAGAAGUCAAGGGGAGGUAAUUCGUGUUAUGCAGACACAGCGCAGCAUGGGAGAAGUUCCAGAUUAUGACGAACCAACCAGAGAUACAGGCAGACAGGCUGUACGAUCUAGUUAUGGUUUUACCCAGUCCAAUGGUGUUGGCCGAUCUAAUGACAUCUACACUAGAAAUGGUUCCCCAUUGCGAAUGACAGACCUCAAGUCUCAGUCCAUACAGGAGGAAUCUGAGCCGGAGCCCACACCUAGAGAGGAUUCCUACAGUGAGGAUAUCAAGAGUGAGAGAGCCACACCCUCUAGGGAUGCCCGACCGUCAUCAUCUCGUGGCCGGCAGUCUCCUGGGAUGAGAGGCACACCUGGAGGAGUAUCACUAGGAGCUGGCAGGAUCUCGCCAGGUAAAUCAGCCUUGAAGAAACCACCUCCAGCAACACCAUCCUCUGGACUCCCAAACAAGACUAUAUCCACCACGAUUCCUCGCACAGUACAGAUCAGAGAAUCAGACGACCAAGAAAUCAAACAGAGUUUGGAUGGAGGGGCUACAAUGAGUGACCAGGGCACCAGGACCUUCACACCAGACCAAAUGAACAUGGACGAACUCAUCAAGUCUGGUUACCUCACACAGAGCAGGUCAGGCGAAUUCGGCCAAUCUGGUGGCAUGUCUCAAAGCUUUAGCCAAUCAGGACGCUUGUCUCAAAGUUACGACCAAUCAAGUGCUAUGUCACAGAGUCUUGGCAAGAAUGGAACAAGAGACUCCACAGAUUCAUAUGUAACACGCCAAAUAAACAAAGGAAAGUCACUGGGGUUGACGUAUUCUAUGGAGGAAAGUUUAGCCGCUACUGAUUCUCUAGAUGAGUCAGAACUACGACAACUCGCCACGACUGGCACACUGAAAAUGUCUGUACGCAUGCCUGCUCUCGGAGACAUGGAAGACGACAGUGAGAAACAGUCUGAGUUUGAGAUGACGGACACUCUGUGAUAGAAACCUGUGUAGCAGACUAUUGUAACAAUGUAUAUUACAUUAAAAUCUUGCUUCUUUGUAGUAAUUUGGAUGCAUCUAGAUCUGAAAUUUAUUUAUUUUAGGUAAAAAAGAACAUUUUGUUUUUGUACUUUUCUAUUUAUCUUAUACAAUAACUAAACUAUGACAUCAUUUACACAUUAUAAGAGUUAGAUAUGUACAUUGUAUUGUAUGUAGUUGUUUUUCUAUAAGGGUCAUUGUCUGUUUUAUAAUGAACAGGGAAAGAUUCAUGUAGUAUAUACAUGUACAUUUAUAUAUGGUAAUGUUUGACUGUACAUUCCGUCCAGCACUAAACAAUUGAAUAGCUACAGAGAACAUCUUGUAGAAGUAUGAGUUCAGUAGAAAUACUCACAGGUUUUGUAUUAUAACCGAGUAUACAAUACAAUAUUACUGUACAUUCCGUCCAGCAUUAAUAAUUGGAUAGAAACAUGGAAUAUUAAUAUCUUAUGAUUCUGUACCAGGUCUAUGUAACAAUUGGAAUCUUCCCUAAGGAUCACUCUCAGAAAAGAGUUAUGUUCAAUCUAACUUUAUUUUUCAAUGUGAAGAACCCAUAACAAAAAAAAGUGUUUUUAAACAGUUUAAUAUCAGCUGUACUAGCUAUUUCAUUAUGAUGUCAGUCGUCCUCUGAUAUAGUGACAUUGUCGUUCUGUAUUCCUCUGAUAUAGUGACAUUGCUGUUCUGUAUUCCUCUGAUAUAGUGACAUUGUCGUUCUGUAUUCCUCUGAUAUAGUGACAUUGCUGUUCUGUAUUCCUCUGAUAUAGUGACAUUGCUGUUCUGUACCAGUAAAUCCUUAUUCUUCUAUACAGGACUUGUUUGUUCCAAUACAUUGAUAAGUUAUUCUAGAAAUUAAUUAUCUGGAAAAAUGUAUAGCUAAAGAAACUCAACUAAAUGGCUACAACUAUUGUCAUCUGUGGUAGAUUGUGAACUGAAAUGGGAUUUAUAUGCUAGGUACCUACAACUAUUGUCAUCUGUGCUAAAUUGUGAACCAACAGCUGAUUUAUAUGCUAGGUACCCAAAACUAUUGUCAUCUGUGUUAAAUUGCGAAACGAUAUUGGAGUUAUAUGCGGUAUUAAGUUUUGACUGGGAAUGAAUAUGUUUAAUUCUGACUAAGGACAAGGGAGUGUGAUUGUAAUAUUUUUGAUAUAUGUAUAAUGUAUAAUGACAAAUAAAAUUGAGAAAUGAAUCUGG